AUGACUAGGGCUGGCCGUAAAGAAAAUCUUCUUUACGAUCCAAAGAUAGAGCGCACUGCCAAGAGCUUAAGAAAGCAAGUAAACUUGAGGAACCAAGCCUCAAGAGCAUCUUCAUCUUCACCAGCAACAAGUCUGGAGUCUACCAUCCGAUCUGCCACUGCACCAGCAAACAGAACACCUACUGCCCCUGCUGCAGAAAAUCCUGCACCAGCAAAUUCACCUAUUGUCGCACCUGCUACUGCUGAAAUUGCACCAGAAAUUGAGUUCCGGGUUGCUGCAGAAAAUCCAGCAAUGUCAGAACAACCUGCUGCACGUGAAGAAGCUGAAAUUCAAGCUGGAAACUUGCCUGUCCAAGCACCACAGCCACGAGAGAGAACACUUCGAGAGCUAGAUAUGCCAGCUGAAGACCAAGCACCAUUAUGCAUAACUUAUCCCCAACUGACAACACCUUUUGAAUUGAAGACAGGAAAAGAGAAGUGGACAGCAGUUGUGCCGAGACAGAAGCAGUGA